ACGAGCGAGCAGGAAAGACCGACUCGGAAGAGCGGGGGAAGCCGAACGGAGCCGGCUUUACACCGCCCCCCCCCCCGGUACAAUCUGCCGCCAUCCUCCCUCCACGCUCGCCAUCAGCCCGGCCAAGGGGGCCCUUUCUAGAGCUGAGAGGCCGCUCUCUCUGACCCGGCCGCUAUUGGGAGCUCAACAUGGCAGGAGCUGGAGGAGGAGGGAAUGACAUUCAGUGGUGUUUUUCUCAGGUGAAAGGGGCUGUAGAUGAUGACGUAGCAGAAGCGGAUAUAAUUUCUACGGUAGAAUUUAACCAUUCUGGAGAAUUACUAGCAACAGGAGACAAAGGAGGUAGAGUUGUCAUCUUUCAACAGGAGCAGGAGAACAAAAUCCAGUCUCUCAGCAGAGGGGAAUACAAUGUUUACAGUACUUUUCAAAGCCAUGAACCAGAAUUUGACUACUUGAAAAGUUUAGAAAUUGAAGAAAAGAUCAACAAAAUUAGGUGGUUACCCCAGAAAAAUGCUGCUCAGUUUUUAUUGUCUACAAACGAUAAAACAAUAAAGUUAUGGAAAAUAAGUGAAAGGGACAAAAGACCGGAGGGCUAUAACUUGAAGGAAGAAGAUGGGCGGUAUAGGGACCCUUCUACAGUUACAACACUACGGGUGCCAGUAUUCAGACCCAUGGAUCUUAUGGUUGAAGCCAGUCCACGAAGAAUAUUUGCAAAUGCUCACACGUAUCACAUCAACUCUAUCUCCAUCAAUAGUGAUUAUGAAACAUACCUAUCUGCAGAUGACUUGCGGAUUAAUCUGUGGCACCUAGAAAUUACAGACAGAAGUUUUAAUAUUGUAGAUAUUAAGCCUGCCAACAUGGAAGAGCUGACAGAGGUGAUAACGGCUGCAGAGUUCCAUCCUAACAGCUGUAAUACAUUUGUAUACAGCAGUAGUAAAGGAACAAUUCGUCUGUGUGACAUGAGAGCAUCGGCACUCUGUGACAGACAUUCAAAAUUGUUUGAAGAACCAGAAGACCCUAGCAACAGAUCGUUUUUCUCUGAAAUCAUCUCUUCCAUAUCUGAUGUAAAAUUCAGCCAUAGUGGUCGAUAUAUGAUGACUAGAGAUUAUCUGUCAGUGAAGAUCUGGGAUUUAAAUAUGGAAAACAGACCUGUGGAAACAUACCAGGUGCAUGAAUACCUCAGAAGUAAACUUUGUUCUCUGUAUGAGAAUGACUGCAUUUUUGACAAAUUUGAGUGCUGUUGGAAUGGAUCGGACAGUGUUGUCAUGACGGGAUCUUACAACAAUUUCUUCAGAAUGUUUGACAGAAACACGAAGCGAGACAUCACCUUAGAAGCAUCACGGGAAAAUAAUAAACCCCGCACUGUUUUGAAGCCCCGCAAAGUCUGUGCGAGUGGCAAGCGAAAGAAGGAUGAAAUUAGCGUUGACAGCCUAGACUUCAACAAGAAGAUACUACAUACAGCCUGGCAUCCCAAGGAAAAUAUCAUUGCUGUAGCUACUACAAACAACUUGUAUAUAUUUCAAGACAAAGUGAAUUAGGAUUGGCAUUCCUAACAGAAGAGUCCACUUCCUGCAUAGUUGAGAUAGUUGAAUCUAGCAUUUGUACCUGUAAAUGAAAGAGAAUAAAAGAGAGAGGUCCAUUGUGGCACCCCUUUCCAGUGUUUAAAAAUGUGCCAUAUGACACACUUUUUUUUAGCUACAUGGAGAAAGCCCUGUUGAUCCAUCACAGUGGUGUUCUCCAUGUUUGCUAGCCAUUUAGGUGAGGGUAGGGCACUUUUUAAUUUAAUGACUACUUGCACCAUCUUGCCUAAUGGACUAGAUUGGACUGUAUCAACAUUGGUUUACUCCACUUUUUAUGCCUUCCAUUGUGAUGACGUCAAACACAGGGAAAGCCUUCAGUCAUGCUAUGGGAUUUAAUUGUGUAACCUCAUUACUGUAUCAUUUGUGGCCCUUUUUUAUUAAAUGCAGCUCAUUCUUGCUGUGGCUUGUAGCAUUCCUCCUCCUGGACUCCCCCCUUCCCCCCCUUCAUUCCCUCCACCCAUCCCUGGUGGUGGCGUAUAGAAAAAAAUGAAAUAAAGCACAUGAAAUGGGUCAGUUUGGGGUCAGUGGUAAAGGGGUCUAUGUUGCGAACAAAUGUUUUAAUAAGCAGUUGACUGUAAUCACUCCUUGCCAUGUUUGGCACCAAAAAAGAGAAAAUAAGGAAGAAAAAAAAAACUACUGAAUAAAAGUGACAAAGAAUGAAGAA